AUGUCUCUUCUCUCCGAGCGGCAGAAGGAGGAGCUUCACAAGGCAAUACUCGAAUACCUCCACUCGAACAACUUCACGGAUGCUUUCAACUCACUCAAGACGGAUGCUGGAAUUGAGUACACGCCCGACCCCAAGGCCAAGUAUGCUGGAUUGCUGGAGAAGAAAUGGACGAGCGUGAUACGGCUGCAGAAGAAGAUUAUGGACCUAGAGAACCGGAAUGCGUCCCUGCAAGAAGAGCUUUCUGUUUCACCCGCUAAACGUGCGCAGAUGCAGACAGACUGGGUCCCGCGAGCGCCGGCAGCGUAUGUUCUGACGGGACACCGAGGACAAGUUCUGAAAGUAGCGUUCCACCCGACGUUCAACCUCAUUGCGUCUGCAAGCGAUGAUGGUACAGUCAAGAUCUGGGACUGGGAAACUGGAGAAUUCGAACGGACGCUGAAAGGCCAUACGCGUUCCGUAAAUGACGUUGACUUUGACAGUAAGGGCAAUCUACUAGUGAGCUGCUCGUCCGACCUGUUGAUCAAGAUUUGGGAUGCACAGAAUGAAUGGCGCAAUACGAAGACAUUCUCCGGGCACGACCAUACAGUAUCUUCGGUGCGCUUCAUGCCUGGCGACCAGCAAAUCGUUAGUGCAAGCCGAGAUAAGACCAUCAGGAUAUUUGAUGUUGCUUCGACGCACCUCGUCCGCACGAUCACCGGACAUUCUGAGUGGGUUCGGUGUGUACAGCCGUCAGACGAUGGUCGAUUAAUCGCCAGUGCUUCGAAUGAUCAGACUGCGCGGCUAAGCGAUCCCUUGAAUGGAGAGACGAAGUUGGAGUUCCGUGGGCACGAACAUGUCGUCGAGGUCGUCGCUUUUGCUCCUAUUGCUGCAUAUACUGCAAUUCGCGAGCUUGGAGGCCUUCCAGAUAAAGACAGAGUGAAGAGAUCGGGAGCAUACCUUGCGACUGGUUCAAGAGACAAGACCGUCAAGAUAUGGGACUGCCAAGGCGGUCAACUCAUUCGUAGUCUGGCGGGACAUGAUAACUGGGUGCGGGCACUCGUCUUCCAUCCCACGGGCAAGUUCCUCCUCUCCGCAUCUGACGACUACACAAUUCGCGUCUGGGAGCUCACGACUGGCCGUUGCAUGAAGACCGUGCAGGCGCAUGGACAUUUCGUGACGUGCCUCGCAUGGGGUCCCCAAUCCAAACCACAAGGCGCCGAUGGCACGAAGGCCAACGGCGUCGCCGCUGAUGCCAAGGCGGAACCUGAGAAGUUUGUCAACGUCGUCGCAUCGGGGAGCGUCGACCAGACGAUCAAGAUUUGGCUGCCAUGA